CACUCUCUCACAUAUAUCUAGCAAAGAAAGGCAAAGGCAGAUAUUGAACGAUGUUCUGUGCCUGGGAUAUGAAUGGUGAACAAUGAACCCCGGGAAUUGGAGUCAGGUAACCGAGUUCAUCAUCUUGGGCUUUCCCCAUGUCCAGGGUGUUCAGGCUUAUCUCUUCCUUUUGUUACUUCUAAUUUACCUCACUACUAUACUGGGGAACCUGCUGAUAUUCCUGGUGGUCUGUCUGGACUCCCGGCUCCACAUACCCAUGUACCGCUUUGUUAGCAUUCUCUCCUUACUGGAGCUUGGCUACACAGCUGCCACCGUCCCCAAGAUGCUGUCAAACUUGCUGAGUGAGAAGAAGACCAUUUCUUUCUCUGGAUGCUUUCUUCAGAUCUAUUUCUUUCACUCUCUCGGGGCUACUGAGUGCUACCUCCUCACAGCUAUGGCUUAUGACAGGUACUUAGCCAUCUGCCAGCCCCUCCAUUACCCUACCCGCAUGACCCCAGCACUCUGUGUCAAGAUUGCCGUUGGCUGUUGGUUGGGAGGCUUGGCUGGGCCAGUAGCUGAAAUUUCCUUGGUCUCUCAUCUCCCUUUCUGUGGCCCCAAUCGCAUUCAGCACAUCUUUUGUGAUUUCCCUCCUGUGCUGAGCUUGGCUUGUACUGACACAUCUAUCAAUGUCCUAGUGGACUUUGUUAUCAACGCCUGCAAGAUCCUGGCCACCUUUCUGUUGAUCCUUAGCUCUUAUGUGCAGAUCAUCCACACGGUUCUCAGAAUUCCUUCAGGGGCAGGUAAGAGGAAGGCCUUCUCCACGUGUGCUUCCCACCUCACUGUGGUCCUCAUCUUCUAUGGGAGCAUCCUCUUCAUGUAUGUGCGGCUGAAGAAGAGCUACUCACUGGACUAUGACCGGGCUCUGGCAGUGGUCUACUCAGUGCUCACACCCUUCCUCAACCCCUUUAUCUACAGUUUGCGUAACAAGGAGAUCAAAGAGGCUGUGAGGAGGCAGGCAAAGAGGGCAGGGAUACUGGAGUGAUGGUGGAGGGGACAGGCCAAGUGUGCAACUGAGGAUAGAUGACCUUGGGGAAAUAUCAAGCAUCUAGGACUUUUCUACAAGAGAUCCUCAACUGGGGAAAAUGCUGCCUAGUUUUCAGUGUUAAUGCAAUCAUUGCACUCUCUGUUGCAGCCACAUGCAACUUGAGACCAGAGACUAGAGUCUUUCUAACAAUAUGAUGUGCUGCAGUGAUAUUCAAAUCUUAGACAUUUAAAUACCAUACUUAGGAUUUUGGUCAAAUCUAUGUCUUGCCUCCAAUACAUAAUUUUCUUCAAAGUUAC